AUGGCGAAGCAGAAGGCAAUUGUCCUCGUAUACGGUGACUGGGAUGAGUCAUACAACGAGCUCCCCAGGUGGGUUUUGGGAGUCCAGUUGACGAUGCCUGGUACUGUUGCAAUCCUACGGACGAGUCCCAUUCGAGUUAGUGGACAAGUAGACGAGUCUCAAGCUUUUUUCCACAGACUUUUCUGGACGUUUCCACCGCUCAUCCAGGCAUUUCACCAUUACAAGCCCUUAUUUAGCAUUGAUGGGACCCAUCUGUAUGGGAAGUACGGGGGUACUUUGCUCAUCGCGAUUGCACAGGACGGGAACUCCAACAUUCUACCCGUUGCAUUCGCACUAGUAGAAGGUGAGAAUGCAGAGUCUUGGUCAUUCUUUCUCUCCCACCUUAGACAGCACGUGAUACCGCAGCCCGGUCUUCUGGUUAUAUCGGACAGGCAUAACGGCAUAAAGGCUGCGCUUGAGGCUCCGGACGGAGGUUGGUUACCUCCAUCUGCAUACCGUGCAUUCUGCAUUCGACACGUAGCGGCUAAUUUUGCCCUUACCUUCAAGGGCAAGGAUGCACGUAGGCUUCUAGUGAAUGCCGCAUAUGCCAAGACCGAGGUUGAGUUUGAUUACUGGUUUGAUAUUCUUCGGUCUGAAGACCCGGCGAUGUGUGAGUGGGCGAACCGGAUUGAUUAUUCCUUAUGGACUCAGCAUCGUGACGAGGGACGGAGAUUCGGUCACAUGACGACGAAUAUCUCGGAGUGUGUGAACUCAAUCCUAAAGGGUGUCAGAAGCCUCCCUGUAUGCUCUUUGGUGAAGGCAACAUAUGGAAGGCUUGCGAAACUCUUUGUUCGCAAGGGUAGAGAGGCUGAGGCCCAGAUGGGAACCGGACAGCAAUUCAGUCAGUACUUGGUGAAGUGUAUAGAGGCCAACUUGAAGAAUUCGCGGUGCUUCACAGUGACUUUGUAUGACCGGGAUAACUCCGAGUUCACCGUAGCCGAGACCACUCCGACGGGCUCUUUCUCAUUGGGUACCUACAGAGUAUCGCUUGCGUCCCGGACCUGUGACUGCGGGUACUUCCAGGCACUUCAUUUCCCGUGCCAGCACGCACUUGCAUGCUGCGCCUACUCACGGGUUACCUGGUCCUCUUAUGUUCACAGCGUGUAUCAGAUUAGUUCAGUGUUCCGUGUGUACCAGAUGGGAUUCACACCGCCGAUACCGGAGGGAUUCUGGCCACCUUACGACGGGCCAACCGUGAUCCCGGACCCUGCCAAGAGGCGUGCGAGAGAGGGUCGUCCGAGAUCCACUAGGAUACGGACGAAUAUGGACGAGGCAGAUCCGAAUCGGCCAAAGAGGUGUGGCCUUUGUCGCCAACCCGAACACACCCGCAGGAGUUGCCCACAGCUUGGAGGACCGUCUCACACGGGGGGCCAGUAGUAGCGAUCUUGUUAUUGUUAGUGUUUAUUGAUUUUAUUUUUCCUGUUACUUGUUAUGUAAGAUGACUUAUGUAAU